GAAACCACCGUCAAGUAUAAAACCCACAGCCAGAAGGGUUUCGCUUUUUCAGUAAUAGCAGAGUAAUACUUUACAGCUUGUUGUUGGAUCAGCGGGUUGCGUAACGGUGAUGCGUAAAAUCCAAAAGAGAUAAAGCUUAAUCACGCGUAUAUAUAGUAGUAGUUUUUUUUUUCUAAGGGAAAACUUUUGGUUGGAGGUUGUUUUGAACAAGCAGAGCUUUAAAGUGGUCUUGAACUCGGCUGGACAUGGCAGAGGGAGACUUCUACACGAUGGGGAACCGGCAGAGGUUUCCCAGGGAUCCGUUUGGAGAGUCACCGUUCAGAGAUCAGUCUCCGUUCAGGGACCAGCUCGCGUCUCGGUUUAUGGACGAUGACUUUGGGAUGUCCCCUUUCCCCGACGACCUGUCAAUGGACUGGCCGGGCUGGGCUCGGCCGGGCCGCCUCAGCACGCGCCUCAGCCCCUCGCCCUUCGGCAGCAGUUUACGCACAGGUUUCCCCCCGCGCCAGUCCGCGGGAGGCCCCACGCUGUACACGAGCAGGUACGGGGAGCCCUCCUCGCGGAGCUCGCCCACCACCACCGGGGGGGAGCCCUGGAAAGUUUGCGUGAACGUCCACAGCUUCAAACCGGAGGAGUUAAACGUGAAAACGAGAGACGGAUUUGUAGAAGUGUCAGGAAAACAUGAAGAGAAGCAGGAAGAAGGCGGCAUAGUGACAAAGAAUUUCACAAAGAAGAUACAGAUCCCGAUAGAUGUGGACCCUCUGACCGUUUUCGCCUCCUUGUCCCCCGAGGGCGUCCUCAUCAUCGAAGCUCGGCAGACGCCUCCCUAUUACCUCUUCAGCAACGAGGGCUCACAGGGUGGAGACGCACAGGAGGUGGAGCCCCUCAAGCCCCAAGAGGCCCCUAUGGUCUAACCCCCACUCCCCCAUGUCCUCACUAACAUAACAAAUCAUCCUGCACAGUUGAUUACAAGUUUGAUAAUGACAUGUGUGGCCUUCAGCUUUAUGUUGUUAGACACCUGGAUUGAAAAUGUGUAAAAUAUGUCAGGGGGAAGUGUUUGACGUCCUGAUAGAGUGCUGCAGGGAUGAUGUUUAUUUAUAGGCUAACCUAGAAGUUAGCAUCGCCCUGGUUCCCUCAACAAAGAGCCAAUGUGACUUUUUCAUUGGAUUUUAGAUUAUUACAGGAAAUAAGCUCAGUGGCAAACAAAAGUUUAUGAAACUUGCACGUUUUGUUUAGCAAAAUAAGCACUCUCCAGAGAAAAUAUGCAGUCUCCAGUCUCACAAAGCUAACUAUACCACAGUCACCAGGGCCACACCGUCAGGAGAGACAAACCACACGUAUGUUUGGGGCUCCCCUAAAAAGUUGGGAAAGGGCCCCUGAUGGCCACUGAUACUGGUACAUUUUCCAAUGACAACUACAAACCCAGCUGCGCCCCAGUGGUGCAGUGGUUAGCAUUGUCUCCUCACAGCAAGAGGACUCCUUGUUGGUUCGAACACCUUGAGUUUGCAUGUUCUCCCCAUGUCAGUGUGGGUUUCCUCAGGUACUCCGGCUUCCUCCCACAGUCCAAAGACAUGCAGGUUAAUUGGUGACUCUAAAUUGUCCGUAGGUGUGAAUGUGAGUGUGAA